AUGAAUCGAAGCACUAAUUUAAUAAGAAGUACUAUUAGAAAUAUCAAGCUACAUAGAUUGUAUUGUACAGAAAUAAAGGAGAAUGAGCCAGUUAAAUUUUCAACAAGUGAGGCUGCACGUCGACAAAUGCCAUCAGUAUUUAGAAACAAAAAGGUAGAAAGCAUGCCAUGGUAUCAACCAUACAGUGUAGUCGGAAGUAUUGCAGUUUUCCUCAUCUACUUUUGUGUUCUUCGCGAGGAAAAUGAUGUAGAUCUUGAAUUUGAUAAAACAUUGUAUGACAGAAUAAAAGGAUUGGAAAAAGAACAGUUACUACAAAGUUAUAGGUAUAAUAAGGAACAAGGGAAAAGUGUGACAGAAAUAGAGAAAAGGUUGCAAGAAAUAGAAUUAGAAGAGGCAAAACUUGUUGCA